CUGCGUCCUCUUGCUCGCCAGCCUGCUGCUCCUGCUGCUCGGGCUGCUGGUGUUCCUGGAGCCGCCGAGGGGCCGGCGCCUGAGCAGUUGGAGGUGGAAGUGGGCAGCACAGCCCUUCUGAAGUGCAGCCUCUCCCAUUCCCAAGGCAACCUCAGCCAUGUGGACUGGUUUUCUGUCCACAAGGAGAAGCCAACACUCAUCUUCCGCGUGCGCCAGGGCCAGGGCCACAGUGAAGCCGGGGAGUACCAGCAUCGGCUCAGCCUCCAGGGCAGAGGGGAUACUCUGGCCCUGACUCAAGUCACCCCCCACGACGAGCGCAUCUUCCUGUGCCAGGGCAAGCGCCCUCGGUCCCAGGAGCACCGCAUCCAGCUCCAUGUCUACACCCCAGAGGAGCCAAACAUCCAGGCUAACGUCUUGGGCAUCCCUGUGAACAGUGAAGAGCCUGAGGAGGUUGCUACCUGUGUGGGGAGGAACGGCUACCCCAUCCCUCAAGUCACCUGGUACAAGAAUGGCCGGCCCCUGAAUGAGGAGAAGAACCGGGUCCACAUUCAGUCCUCCCAGAUCGUGGAGUCGAGUGGUCUGUACACCUUGCAGAGUGUCCUGAAGGCGCAGCUGGUUAAGGAAGACAAGGAUGCCCAGUUUUACUGUGAGCUCAGCUACCGGCUUCCCAGUGGGAACCACAUGAAGGAGUCUAGGGAAGUCACGGUCCCUGUUUUCUACCCGGCAGAAAAAGUGUGGUUGGAAGUGGAGCCGGUGGGAAUGCUGAAGGAAGGGGACCGCGUGGAAGUCAGGUGUUUGGCUGACGGCAACCCCCCACCCCACUUCAGCAUCAGCAAACAGAACCCCAGCACCAGGGAGGUGGAGGAGGAGACGACCAUCGAAACCGGGAUCCUGGUCUUGGAGCCCGCCCGGAAGGAGCACAGUGGGCUCUACGAAUGUCAGGGUCUGGACCUGGACACCAUGCUCUCCCUGUCGAGUGAACCUCAGGAACUGCUGGUGAACUAUGUGUCUGAUGUCCGAGUGAGUCCCGAAGCCCCCGAGAGCCCGGAAGGCAGCAGCCUCACCCUGACCUGUGAGGCAGAGAGUAACCAGGUCCUCGAGUUCCAGUGGCUGAGGGAAAAGACAGGCCAGGUGCUGGAAGAGGGGCCCGUGCUCCGGUUAUCCAACCUGCAACGGGAGGCAGGAGGAGGAUACCGCUGUGUGGCAUCUGUGCCCCGCAUACCUGGCCUGAACCGCACACAGCUGGUCCACGUGGCCGUUUUUGGGCCCCCGUGGAUGGCAUUCAAGGAGAGGAGGGUGUGGGUGAAAGAGAGUGCAGUGGUGAAUCUGUCUUGUGAAGCGUCAGGACAUCCUCGGCCCACCAUCUCCUGGAAUGUCAAUGGCACGGCGAGUGAACAAGACCAAGAUCUGCAGUGUGUCCUGAGCACCCUGAGUGUCCUUGUGACCCCAGAGCUGUUGGAGACAGGCGCUGAAUGCACGGCCUCCAACUCCCUGGGCAAAAACACCACCGUCAUCUUCCUGGAGCUGGUCAACUUAACUACCCUCACACCAGAUUCCAACAAAACCACUGGCCUCAGCACUUCCACUGUCAGUCCUCAUGCCAGAGCCAACAGCACCUCCACAGAGAAAAAGCUGCGCGAGGCGGAGAGCAAGGGCGUGGUCAUCGUGGCCGUGAUAGUGUGCAUCCUGGUCCUGGCAGUGCUGGGCGCGGUCCUCUAUUUCUUCUACAAGAAGGGCAAACUGCCGUGUGGGCGGUCGGGCAAACAGGAGAUCACGUUGCCCCCGUCUCGUAAGAACGAAUAUGUAGUUGAAGUUAAGUCAGAUAAGCUCCCAGAAGAGAUGGGCCUCCUACAGGGCUGCAACGGUGACAAGAGGGCUCCAGGAGACCAGGGAGAGAAAUACAUCGAUCUGAGGCAUUAGCCACCGAAUCACGUUCAGCUCCCUUCCUGCCUGGAACUCCCGGCUCCCUGCUCACUCUUCUCCCAGCCAAAGCCUCCAAAGGGACUACAGAAAAGAUCCUUGCUCACUUGCAGACCUCCUUUCCGAAGACCAUCAGGCUAGAAGGACCACUCUUGGCCCCCGAGGCCUCCUUUUCAGGGACCAAUCCACCACCGUCUCCAUGUGUUGAGUGAAGCUCAUCUCAAGGAGGGGGGCCUCAGUCUCCCAAGAGUGGGCAGGAGUUUCUUGCAGAGCGUGUUUUCUCUUUACACAUAUUAUGGCUGUAAAUACCUGUCUUCUACCAGCAGCUGAAUGGUUGCCUCUCUGAGCCAGUUUCUUGCUCAGAAGGCUGACUCCAGUCAUCCGCUGCACCACUGAGGCCAGGAUGCGCCCAAGCCCAGGUGCCUGCUCCCUAUUCAAGUAUGUUGUUCACAUGGGCUGAGAGUUCCCCGGCAGCGUCUAGAAGCAGCUGUGGUGUUGCUGCUGCCACCUUCCUGUCUGCCUCUGUGGAGUCUCCUAUGACAUUUUUCCUUUGGCCCAAGCCAGGAAUUGGUGUCAUUCCUUAAAAGAUACGUCCCUGCAGUGAGGAAGCUGGGCGCUGUUUUCAAGUGAAGGCAAAUGGUCCAAGGCCCCCUUGUAACUCACAUGGCUCCCACUGCCCUUCCGAGGGCUCCUGGAAGACUGAAAGGUGGGGUAGUGGGCAAAGAUGAGGUCCAGACCGUCCUUUAUACAGAUUCCAGCUGUUCUAUUAGAACCAAACUUCUACAACCAAGCUCACGGGCCAGACUCUAGAAGGGCCCAGAUGGGAGAAUGGUACUUAGGGGUAAAAAAUGGAACUGCUAGAGCUUUGGUGUGUGUGUAUCUGUGUGUGUGUGUAUAUAUAUAUAUAUAUAUAUGGUUUUGUUAGGUUGUGUGUAAAUU